ACAAAUAGAUUUAUAUAAACAAGCCGAUCCAAAUUAUUACUCUACUCCACAGACUCUUCUCUGGUCCCACUAACUAGCUUCACAUUAUCAAACUCUUUGAUGAAUUUUGGUAAAUGUUACUAAAUUUACAGUUUUGUUUAGAUUGUGGAGCUAGUAACAUUAACAAAAGAUAUAGUUUGUUAAGUUUCAACACAAUCUUCCAAAUAAUUUCUUCGACAUUUCCAAUUUCCAAGAUUUAUAGUUAAAGCGUAACGAAACACUUUUUAAUUGCAUAAAGUUUGCAAGCAAAUUAUGUCUGUCACCAACAGUUGCUAAAGUGUUAAACUUUUGCCAACUUUCUCCAUUCAUUGCUUCUUCACCUUUAUUCUCCAAUCCCAAAUUUACAUCUAUCAAUUAAAUCAAAACCCAAACAAGCAAAGCCGACAAUAAUCUCUUUUGUACCACACCCAUUUGUUUUUUCCUAAUUAAAAAAAUCACAAUAUUUUAUUAUUACUUCCACCAAAUUCCUAAUGACUUAAUACAUGUAUAUAAAGCAAAGAUUCAUCAAAAAGUGAAGAGAAGUGAGAAACGAGCACACACAAGAUCCAAUAUGGAGGAAGGAAACAUCACAAUCAUCAUGGCGUCACUCUCUACUCUUUCUCCUUCACACCUCACAAAUCUCACUCAUUCCAUUCUCUCAAUCUCCCACCACCAUCGCCGCCGCCUCGCCACCGUCCUCUCAUCUCCGACCCUUUUCUCCCUCACUCUCCGCCACCUCCUCUCUCUAUCUCUUCCCGACAAAACCCACCUCAUCGCCAACCAUCUCCUUUCUCUCCUUCACCCUCUUCUCAUCCACCGUAAACAUCACUCCUCCUCCACCGUCACCAUGAAGCUCCGGGACCUCGACGCGGUGGUCCUCCUCCUCUUUCUCUGCGAAACCCACCAGCUUCAUCCAGAUGUUUUAGAAGCUUCCGCCGAUAAUUGGCGGGAAAUUCUCGGUAAUACGUACUCUAAUACCAUGUUAACUAAUAAUUCCGGUCUUUGGACUUGCGAUGCCGGAAUCUUGAUGCCGUACAUAGAAACCCUAGUUAGAUGCAAAAGAUUUGUUGACAUAAUGGGAGGCUACAACCAUCUUCGCCGAAGAGAUCAAAAAGAAGGCUACGAAGUUCCGGCUGCUAGAGCGGCUGUUGUGGCGUUACGAGCGGUUGAGGUUUUCAACGCCGCAGCUUCAAACGCCGGAGAAGUAGAAUGCGUGAUAUGCAAGGAAGAGAUGAGCGAAGGAAGAGAUGUUUGUGAAAUGCCAUGUCAGCAUGUGUUUCACUGGAAGUGUAUCUUGCCGUGGCUAAGCAAGAAGAACACGUGUCCUUUCUGCAGGUUUCAACUUCCCACCGACGAUGUCUUCUCGGAGAUCCAACGGCUGUGGGAGAUCCUCGUCAAGACCAGCGAGUUACACGUGGCUUAAUCUCAGCUUGCGGUGAUGAAUACAUGUGUAAGAAGAACUAUAGAAGCGUGUUCAUCGUAAUCUAGUAAUAAUAUCUAUGUAGAAUAAUAUAUCAAGUACUGUUGAGAUAGGAAUGUUUGGACCGUUUUGAUAUAUAGAAUUUUGUAUAGUUUUCUUUUGACAAAGACACACAUGUGGUUCUAAAACUCAUGAGCACUUAUUUUUUUAGCGGAUUUUGUUAUUAAAAUAAGUUAAUAGUACGAUGAACUUCG